AUGCNUCGACGUCUUGCUAAUGCACGUGGUAUAAUUAUUCGUGGACCAGAACGUUUAUUUGAUUCUCGUCUUUCAUUAAUUGGUGGUUUAUAUGCUGAUAAACAUAAUUUUUUUCAUUUAUACGCUCUUCGUACAUUUGAACUUUUUUUUAAACGUCAAUUAAAUCUUGAAAAUAUUAAUGAAAUAACUAAACUUCUUUAUGAAACAUCAAAUAAAAAUGUAUCAUUUGAAAAAUUUUCUCAAGAUUUUCAAACUUAUGUUAAUAAUCAAGGACAACAAGAUUAUUUAAAUGCACAAAAUGAAGCUGAACAAGAUCAUAUAUUUGGUGUACCAACAUUUAUUGUACGUGAUGAACCAUUUUGGGGAAAUGAUAGAAUAUCAUGGAUAAAAAAAAAAUUAGAUUCACUUAAAUUACAUGACACAUAA